CAAAUGACACUAUUUCUGUGGUAAUCGUAGCGUGUGGGUCGUUUUUCACUUGUUCAGAAAGCAUCAUGAGUAAAAUCGGAAUUAACGGAUUCGGCCGUAUUGGUCGUCUUGUGCUUCGGGCGUCUCUUGAACGUGGUGCCCAGGUUGUUGCUAUCAAUGAUCCAUUCAUUGGUUUGGAUUACAUGGUAUACAUGUUCAAGUAUGACUCCACUCAUGGUAAAUUUAAGGGAGAGGUCAAAGCUGAAGAUGGUUGCUUAGUUGUAAAUGGCACUAAAAUUGCUGUAUUUAGUGAACGUGAACCAAAAGCCAUUCCAUGGGGAAAAGCUGGUGCAGAAUACGUUGUGGAGUCCACUGGUGUUUUCACUACCAUAGACAAAGCUUCUGCUCACUUAGAAGGUGGUGCUAAGAAGGUCAUUAUUUCUGCACCAUCAGCUGAUGCACCUAUGUUUGUUGUUGGUGUUAAUCUUGAGGCAUAUGACCCAUCCCACAAAGUCAUUUCCAAUGCUUCUUGUACCACCAAUUGCUUGGCUCCUCUCGCUAAAGUUAUUCAUGACAACUUCGAGAUUGUUGAAGGUCUUAUGACUACUGUUCAUGCUAUCACUGCUACACAGAAAACUGUUGAUGGACCUUCUGGCAAGUUGUGGCGAGAUGGUCGUGGAGCUGCACAAAACAUACCAGUACACAAUGUGUCUGUUGUUGAUUUAACAGUCAGACUUGGCAAACCUGCAACCUAUGAUGCUAUUAAAGCUAAGGUAAAAGAAGCUGCUGAAGGACCUUUGAAAGGAAUCCUUGGUUACACAGAAGAUGAUGUAGUGUCUUCUGACUUCAUUGGUGAUAACCACUCCAGUAUUUUUGAUGCUAAAGCUGGUAUACCAUUAAAUGAUACCUUCGUUAAAUUGAUCUCGUGGUAUGACAACGAAUAUGGUUACUCCAACCGUGUAGUCGAUUUGAUUAAGUACAUACAAACGAAAGACAACUAAGCAGGUUUUGUAUGUCACGUGUAAUACUUUCAUAAAUGUUUCUGUAUGAUGUGUAUCAUACGAUACAUGCAAAUAGCAUAUCGUUGUAUGAAUUUUUCAGAUUACAUGACGUUAUUGUUAGCCAAUUAGCGUUUUCAAACAGAAAUUGAAAAUGUAAAACAAUGGUAUUUUAGCAGAUACAUUUCUUCUUGCAGAAAUAACUCAGUUUACCGUCAAAGUCAGUACAAAAUAAAACAGUUUAAAAUUUACUGUGUAUUACUUCGAAUUUUUGAUUGUAGUUAUUGAACCUAUUUGUUAAUAAUACAAAAAUGUAGCUGCAUAUACAAUGUAUAUGCCCUAAAAGUACACAAACAAAUAUGUAACAUAAAUUAUUGUUUUUUUGUGCCGUAUCGUUUAGACAAUGUAUGUUACAUUUUAAGUGAUUUCUAUCAUCCAUUUAUUCAGCAUUUGCAAGGGAGAUAUUAAAAUAUUUACGAUUUCGUUCUGAAACAUUACUAUUUAUCAUUCAUUGACAUCAAUAAAAAUUGUUAUCAAACUAAAA